UAUGAGUUUCCCCUGUAGUGCUUCCGCCACCACAGAGAUCAGAGAGAGUAACCAGCCGGUGCCAGAUCAAAAUACAAACAAUGGGCAAGAAGCACAAAAAGCACAAGUCCGAAAAACAUGGAUAUGAAGAGUACGGAGAGAGACCACUGAAGCUGGUGUUGAAAGUGUCUGGAAACGAAGUGACAACGGGAAGUUCGAGUCUGGACACGUUUUAUGACGAGCAGCCUGACAAACCUAAGGACAAGAAGAAGAAAAAGAAGAAGGAUAAAGAAAGGAGUUUUGGGUCACCAGAGGAUGACAAAGGAAAGAAAAAGAAGAAGAAAGGACAGGAUGGAGAUGAUGAACACAGCAGAACUCCUAUACGUUCAGAGCUGGAUAAACUGGAAGAAAAGGGACAAACUCCUCUGCAGGAAGCUUUGAACCAGCUCAUCAGGCAGCUCCAAAGGAAAGAUCCCGGUGCAUUCUUCUCGUUUCCGGUGACAGACCUCAUUGCUCCUGGCUACUCUGUGAUUAUCAGACGGCCUAUGGAUUUCAGUACAAUGAAAGACAGAGUAAAGAAAGAGUGCUAUCAGUCGUUGGAUGAACUAAAGGUGGAUUUCAGGAUUAUGUGUGAAAACGCCAUGAUUUACAACAAACCUGAGACGAUGUACCAUAAAGCAGCCCGGAAAAUGUUACACUCUGGAAUGAAGAUCUUGAGCCAGGAAAGACUGGAGAGCUUGAAGCAGAGCAUAGAGUUCAUGUCCGGCCUCGACCCUUCUGCCAAACUGCCGGGAAAGACUGAGGAACAAGGGGGCACCGGCCUGGACCAGAACAGAGAGGGACGCUCGAGCACAGACACCAGCGAGAGAUCCCACACACCCAGCACACCCAGAGCGGACAAGGACUCCAAGGACGAAGCGGCAAAAGCAGAGAAAGAGCUGGAGGAAAUCCGCAAGGUCAUCGAAGAGUCUGGAGGAAAGCUGUCCAACAGAGUGCUGCAGUGUGAUUUGGAGUUAGCGAGGCGGAAGUCUGACGGCUCCACCACGCUGGCAAUCCUCAACCCAGCAGACCCAGCAGCAGGAGAUGUUGGUUACUGCCCUGUGAAGCUGGGCAUGAUGUCCAAUCGGCUGCAGAGCGGUGUGAACACCCUGCAGGGCUUCAGGGAGGACAAGAGGAACAGGAUUACUCCGGUGUCCUAUGUGAACUACGGGCCGUUCACCUCCUACGCACCCUGCUACGACUCAAGCUUCGCCAACAUCAGCAAGGAGGAUUCUGACCUCAUCUACUCUCUCUAUGGCGACGAGUCCGGUCCUCAGGGCUCAGACAGAAAACAACAGCGGUCCAUGUUUUUUCUCUGUGUGUCUGGCAGCUUGUCAGAGUUCCUGGCCAAAUCAGACGAGUAUGUGUACAAACUGGCAGACAACGUUCUGGAUGCAGUGACGAACGGAGAGCAUUCAAAAACUCUGAAGGAGACUGAGCCACAGGUGGAGACGGCAACAAGUGCACAAGAGGAAGAGGAGGACAUGGAGGUCGCCGAACCUGAAGCCUUCAACUGCAACAGGCUCGACUUCCUGCGCUCUGCUGCAGGCCCGCAGGUGGCUGAGGAGCUCUCUGGGGAGGCCCUGCACUUCCAACAGAAAUUGGACGAGACUACAAAGCUCCUGCGUGACUUGCAGGAAGCCCAGAAGGAGCGUCUGAGCGCCAAGCAGCCACCUAACAUGAUUUGCUUGCUGGCCCCGACAGCCAAGGAGCUGGAGCUGGCUGAGAAGGUCACUGGGAACUUGGCCGAGCUGACUGGUCAAGUGGCCCCAUGUGACGUCAGCAGCGUGUAUGGCAUCCGGAAGGCCAUGGGCAUCGCUGUACCUCCAGAACCACCCGGGCCCUUCAUUGACCUCACCACAGUGCAGGAGAUGGCUGAGACAAUGGAGACCUUGUCCAGUUGUCAGGAUACAGUUCCAGUCGUUGCUGUAUAAUGAAAUUCUAACCACCCUUACAGUUUAAUAAGUUAAGUUUUGUACAAAAGGUGCUUUUUGUGUGACAUUUGUAUGCAUUUCAGUCAAUAAACUUCUUUUUAUACAGA